CAUGCUCGCGUAUAUCCAUGUCUAUACCAGGCUUUCCCGUUUAAGGAACUACAAAGUUCCUGGUAAACACACAUAUUUCGCUUCGAUACAGUGACGAAAGACCUUCAAUCCGUUCAAUUUAGAAAGGUGUGAUGAUCGGGAAAAUAAAAUGCAUUUUUCGGAGUGUUCUUAACGCGUUUCUAAUUAAAGACACGCCGGGCUAAUCCACAAGGGACAGCUUCCUUACGUCUGCAACAGAAUAAAGUGAGCGAGACCCUGCCAAAAGAUCUGAGGGAAACCAUCCACAGACAGAAAAAAAAGUUGCCAAGUGGAGUUUUAUUAUUUUUCCACCCACUUUCAAUUCGAUAAAACCAGCCUAUGCAGCCACAUGUACACAUAUAAGAACCUUCGUUUGGACUGACAUGGUGUAGAUCAAGUACUUGGAAUGAGUGUAAGGCGCUUCUGAAGAUUGAGUGCUACUUCAUCAUUUAUAAUCCGUGACCACAGUGGGAGGCAAACUUCUGAAAAAGGAAUAGAUACAUCUUGAAAGAAAACAAAAGCAAACAGGGUGAUAAGAACCGAAUCUGAGGGAAAGGCAUAUUUUAAACAUCGUUUUCGGUAGCUAUGAAAGGACUGAGGUCGCCGCUCUUGCUGGGACUGGUGUUCAUAAUGUUCACAGCUGGAUACUGCAAAGAGAGGACUGAGCACACGGACAUGAGGGACUGUAAAACCCUCUUGAACUUGAUAAUGGAAACUGUGAAUGAGUUGAAAAAGUAUAGUUCACAAGAUGUGGAAAAUAGUGUACAAUAUUUAACAAAGCAACACGAUUACACUUUUGAUCCAAAGGGAGUACAUCAUUACAAGUCUUACAGUGAAGACCAGAGAGUUGAAAUCUUUCCUAGAGAUCUUAGAACAAAAGAAAAGUUUUUGAGUCAUUUAACAGGUCCUCUUCACUUCAGUCCAAAGUGCACUAAACACUUUCACAGGAUUUAUCACAACACCAGAGACUGCACAAUACCAGCAUAUUACAAGAGGUGUGCAAGACUUCUUACAAGAUUAGCUGUGAGUCCAAUGUGCAUGGAAAGUUAGCUUAAAAAAGGUAAGCCCCACAGUUAGAAGUAAAACCAGAUAUAUUUGAAAGCUUAGCU